UAUCCACCAUCUUUGGCCGCUCACUAUUCCUUUCAGACGACACCAUUUUUGAACUUCAAAAAGAACAAAACUUGAAACUCAGAUUGAGUUGGGUCAUUUAGAAAACUCACCAAGAAUCUGACAUAAUUGAAGCUACAUCUAUCGACCCAAAAUCCCUCUUAACUGGAAUUCCAAAUAGUAAGCAUUUUCUUGGUCUAUUUUCCUGUUAUUUGGUAUAACUUUCAGUAUGCUGUUUGUUUUUACACACCAUUUUGCUCAUUCCUGGUCAAAGUUAACUCUUUUGUGUAUUAAAGAUCCUAACUUUAGUAAAAUUAGUUGCUUGAACACUUCAUAUGUAUACCCUUUUAGGUAUAGUUCUAGAAAUUUGUAUUCUUGGACUCAAAUGUACUGCCCAUCAAAUUCUAGACUACUUUUCUCUCACACCCAAUUUGGUAUUUUAGCUUCAAAACCAUCCCUAUAUGUGUUUCUGCAUCAAUUGUUGCCUGUUAGUUUCUAUUCUUCAAGUGCACCUGGAUGGCUAAGAGGACCUCCAUCAAGAUCUUUAAGGAAAAGGAUGAAUAGAAGAGCAAGAAUUGCAGCAAUGCCUGUUCUUGAUGAAUCCCAGUUUCAAAAUGCUGUGUCUCAGCUUCCACCUAGAUUUACCCCUGAAGAACUGAGGGAUGUCAUGGUUUCGCAAAGAGAUCCUUUAGUGUGUUUGGAGUUGUUCAAUUGGGCGUCGAAACAGCACAGGUUCAGGCAUAAUGUUUCGACCUAUCAUGUUGCAGUACAAAGGCUUGGUGAAGCGAAUAUGUAUAAAGAAAUGGAUGAUAUUGUUAAUCAAGUGCUUGCCAUUCCAUCGAUUGGAACUGAGGAACUUUUCAAUUCGAUGAUUUAUUAUUUCACCGAAGCUAGGAAGUUGACCAGAGCUGUGAUGAUAUAUAAGCAUAUGUUAAACAUUAGGAAAUUUGAUUGUAGGCCGUCGAUUAAAACUUAUAAUAUUCUUUUCACGGCGCUUCUUAGUAGGAGGAAUAAUUCAUAUAUAAAUCACAUGUACAUGGACGCUAUAAGGUCUCUGUUCAAGCAAAUGGUUGAUAAUGGGAUUGAGCCAGAUAUCAUUUCCUUGAAUACUUUGAUAAAAGGAUAUGUGCUUUCACUUCAUGUAAAUGAUGCCCUUAGGAUAUUUCACCAAAUGGGUGUGGUUUACCAGUGCGAGCCUAACUCAUUUUCAUAUGAUUAUCUGAUCCACGGGUUAUGUGCACAAGGAAGAACAAAGAACGCUAAGGAAAUUUAUGAUAAGAUGAAAUGCAAAAGAUUGAUACCUAGUACUAAAUCAUACAACUCGCUAGUGAACUCUUUGUCUCUUGGAGGAGAGGUUGAUGAGGCUGUGAAAUUCUUGUGGGAGAUGAAUGAAAACCGAAGAACAAUUGACUUCAUCACCUUCAGAACAGUUAUUGAUGAAGUCUGCCGGCAAAAGAGUAUGCAAGACGCCAUUGACUUGUUGAAGGAGUUGCAGGAUAAGGGCCUUGUCGAUAGUGUUACCCAUGGCAAACUUCUGUGUGAACUUGAAGAUGACAUUGAUAAUCUAAAUGUCAGAAAUCGUUGAAGCUAAGCUAGGAAAAUAAUCCGACAUGGUGGCUUUGGGGGAAAACAGUUUCUAUUGACAAGAGCUGAACCUAUGGAGUGCUUGGGUUGAUACAUUGGCAGGCUGCAUGAAGUCUAGUUUAUCAAGGGUGGCUAACAAGAAUUUGUUUUUCAUGGAGAAAUGAGAGAGCUGCCGGAACACAGAAAAUUUUCUUCAUGAAAGAUGUAUUUGCAUCUCAUAUGGAAUGAGGAGCAAGAGUCAAGAGACUAGAUUAAAAAGGGGUCCUUCGGAAGCAAGGAGGCUCACCAACAACUCUGAAGCUCAACUGGGUCAACGAUGCGUCACUUCAAAAUAUUUCUUCUUAUGAAAUAGCAGCCGGGUGCAUUAAACUACCGCUAGUGUGGGAAGACCAAUAAAGAUGCCUUGAUUUGAACUCGUGAGUCGUGACAGCUAGAACACGAGACGAGGCGCUUGACCAAAUGAACUGCGCAACUCUUCUUAUGAGCUAGAUUGUGUAGUUGUUUUUCUUCUAUGAAAGGCCCAUUUGGUCAUGCGAUAUAAAAUCAUGAGAUGGAGUUAAAGUUUUGUUUGGACAUGCGAUAUGGAGUUUUUGUGUCGUAUAUUUUCUCAUAAACAUAAAAGUCUCAUAUGUUGUAAAACUUUAAAAUAGUCCCAAUUAUUUAUUCAAUCUUAUCAAAUAAACAAAAAAUUAUA